AGAGUCACCGUAUGCUGAGCAGUCAACAGCAUUUCUUGUUCCAAGAUUACCCUUCUGAGCACCUCUCCGGCUACCAAACUGCAGGGACCAUCAUAGCUUGACUCCGUUUCUCAGCUCCGAGUGUCAGAUAAGCCCACCACGCUGGGAUUGCAUUGGUCUCAUGAUGGCUCCCGACAUCAGCCGCUUCCUUUUGGCAGUGCUGUUUUCUGCCAGCUGUAGAGUCAUCAUCGCCUCGGAUCAGAUAUGCAUUGAGAAAGAAGCCAACAAAACCUACAACUGUGAAAAUUUUGGUCUCAGUGAAAUCCCCGACACUUUACCAAACACAACGGAAUCUUUGGAAUUCAGCUUUAAUUUUUUGCCUGCAAUUCAAAACAGAACAUUCAGCCGGCUCAUAAAUCUUACCUUUUUGGAUUUAACCAGGUGCCAGAUUAGCUGGAUACAUGAAGAUACUUUUCAAGGUCAUCGUCAAUUGAGCACACUUGUGUUGACUGGAAAUCCCCUGAUAUUCAUGGCAGAAACAUCACUUAAUGGGCCCAAAUCACUGAAGCAUCUUUUCUUAAUCCAAACAGGAAUAUCCGAUCUCAAGUUCAUUCCUGUACACAACCUGGAAAACUUGGAAAGUUUGUACCUUGGAAACAACCAUAUUUCCUCCAUGAAGCUCCCCAAAGCCUUCCCAACAAGGAAUCUGCAAGUACUGGAUUUUCAGAAUAAUGCUAUCCACUACUUCUCCAGAGAAGAUGUGAGGUCUCUGGGACAGGCCACCCACCUAAGUCUUAACUUCAACAGCAAUGACAUUAAAGCUAUUGAGCCUGGGGCCUUUGGUUCAACGGUUUUCCAAAGUUUGAACUUUGGAGGGACUUUUAACUUGUCUGUUAUAUUCGAUGGUCUACAAAACUCUACUACUCAGUCUCUCUGGCUAGGGACUUUUGAGGACAUGUAUGACCAAGACGUUAGUUCAGACAUGCUCAGGGGACUCUGUGAAGUGUCUGUUGAGAGCCUCAACCUGCAGAAGCACCAUUUCUCUGACUUCUCAUCCACCACGUUCCGGUGCUUCACCCGACUCCAGGAACUGGAUCUGACAGCGACUCACUUGUCAGAGCUACCCUCUGGGAUUGAAGGCAUGAACUCGCUCAAGAAAUUAGUACUCAAUGCAAAUAAUUUUGACCAAUUGUGUCAAGUCAAUGCUGCCAGUUUCCCCUCCCUUACACACCUUUCCAUCAAAGGCAACAUGAAGAAACUCCAGCUUGGUGUUGGCUGUUUGGAAAAGCUAGGAAACCUUCGGAAACUUGAUUUAAGUCAUAGUGACAUAGAAGCUUCUGACUGCUGCAAUCUGCCACUCAGAAAUCUGUCCCACUUGCAAAGCCUAAACCUGAGCUACAAUGAGCCCCUUGGACUCCAGCAUCAGGCGUUCAAAGAAUGUCCUCAGCUAGAACUCCUGGAUUUGGCCUUUACCCGCUUACGUGUAAAUCCUCCUCAAAGUCCUUUCCAAAACCUCCUUUUCCUGCAGGUUCUAAAUCUCUCUCACUGCUUCCUUGAUACCAGCAACCAGCAACUUCUAGCAGGCCUGCCGGUCCUCCGGCAUCUGAACUUGAGGGGGAAUCCCUUUCGAGAUGGGACUAUCCCAAAGACCAACCUGUUUCAGACAGUGGGUAGCUUGGAGGUUCUGAUUUUAUCGUCCUGUGCUCUCCUCUCCAUAGACCAGCAAGCAUUCCACAGCCUGAGGAACAUCAGUCAUGUGGACUUAAGCCACAACAGCCUGACAGGCGACAGCAUGGCUUCCCUCCGCCAUCUUAAAGGGAUCUACCUCAAUGUGGCCGCCAAUAACAUUCGCAUCAUCCCACCCCGUCUCCUCCCCAUCUUGUCACAGCAGAGCACCAUUAACUUAAGUCACAACCCCCUGGACUGCACUUGCUCAAAUAUUCAUUUCUUAACAUGGUUCAAAGAAAACCUGCACAGAUUUGAGGGCCCGGAAGACACCUUGUGUACAAAUCCCCCAUCUCUGAGGGGAGUUAAACUGUCUGACGUCCAGCUGUCCUGUGGGAUUACGGCCCUGGGCAUUUUCUUUCUCAUAGUAUUUUUAUUCUUGUUCACCGUUCUGCUCAUCUUUGCAGUUAAAUACCUUCUCAGAUGGAAGUACCAACACAUUUAGAGCUGGAGGUUUCCAGAGACGGCAAAUAAAUGUGUUGAGCAAAAUUGCUCAAGUGAAGGAACUGUCACCGAUUGGUGACCAGACUUUUCAGAGUAGUUCCUGGAGCUGGCCAGGGGCUCACUGUGCUUUUCUGAGCUUCUUACCCCUGUGAGUCCAGAGCUCACCGGCCUCCUUGGCA